GAUAUAGUGGACAAUCGUAAAGGUAGACGUAAUGGUCCUUAAGAGAAUGAUGAAUGUUUUAAAUGUGGAAAAGGUGGUCAUUGGUAUUACUUUUUAACUUAUUCUAGGGCUAGAGAAUGUCCCAAUAGACAAUCACCUACUAGAAGAACAAAAUAUUCUGAUUCAAGAUCAAGGUAUUUAAAUUAAUUAUAUUGUGAGACAUAGAAGAUCAAAGAGAUCAAAUUCAAGGUCUCGUUCAUAUUCUUCUUAUUCAUCUUCUCAUUCAAGAAGGAGAAGGGAUGCAAAGAAGAGAAGUAGGUACAACAGAAGAAGUAGAAGCCCAAGAAGAGAUAAUAAGAGAAAGAAAAGUUCCAGUUGCAGAAGAUCACAAAGCAAUUCAAGGUCCAGAUCUUCAGUUAGCAAUAAAUAACGUUAGUCACAUAAGUCAUCAUCAUCUAAAUGAGAAAGGAUCAAAUUAAGAGAAAAAGAAAUUAGAAAUUAAAUCAAUCCUUUUCUUCCAUUUUUUAUUCUCUCUCUCUCUUUCUUUCUGGAUUAAAUUGUAUCAUUUUUUAUCAAAAGAUCGCUUAAAUUAACUAGUUCUUAAGCAAUAACCAAAAAAAUUCAUUAUAUAAUACAUUAAAUCAAAUUUUACAAUAAAUAAAUCUAAAACCUAUUAAUUACAAAUCUCUAUCAUAUAAUUAGAUUUAUUUAAAUUGUAGUCAUUUUCUGAUUUCACUAUUAAUGCAUAUAUCUAUAAAUUUCAGUCUUAGUUCAGUUAUUGA